UAAUUCUUUAUAUAUACCAACCCUAUCUUCAACUAUACUACAAAACAUACUCCCAUAGUAAACUUUUCAUUCUUUAAAAUUUUCUUUUAUUACUUUUUAGAGAGUGAAAAUGGUGGACAAUAGUGAGAAAAAUGAAACAAUAUCAAGUGUUGUACAUUAUUGUAGAGUAUGUAAGAGGGGGUUUAGUUCUGCUGGAGCUCUUGGUGGGCACAUGAGAUCUCAUGGAGUAGGGGAUACUAGUAGAAACUAUGGGGAAGACAUUAGUGAACAAAGAUUUAUGAUCAACAACAACUUUAGAAGGGAUAAUAAACAAGAGGGACAAAAACAUUCGUAUAAUCUUCGUGCUAAUUCUAAUCGAUUAUUUGGUAAUCGAGCUAGUGAAGAUCGUGAUAGAAAGUCCUCGAUGUGGCCUCCUAAUGAUCGUGGGAAAUAUGUCACAGAUGAAACUUUAACUUUAUCACCAAUGUCAUCGCCUGGAUCAUCAGAUGUUGAAAGAAAUGUUCUAUCAUAUAAUGCAAAAUCGGAGUACUAUGGUCAUGAUAAGGAUCAAUGUGAUUUGAGAGAAGAUGAAGAUGAAGAUCUAGCGAAUUGUUUGGUCAUGUUGUCGAACAAAUCUUAUGAUUUGUCCGAUAACAACAAGGAGGUCAAAAACAAGGCUAAAGAAGUUGAAAAAGGGUUAUUCCAAUGUAAAGCAUGUAUGAAAAUCUUUAAUUCCCACCAAGCUUUGGGAGGACAUAGAGCGAGUCACAAGAAAGUUAAAGGAUGUUAUGCUGCUAAACUUGACGACAAUAAUAACAACAACAAUAAUGAUACUGAUAUCGAUGAAGACUCAAUCUCUCCUACUGAUUUAAUUUUACAUCAAGAAUCUAACUCUUUUCAAUCCCACUUUCCAUCAUCAUCGGGCUCGUUUUCAAGAAAGAGAUCAAGGGUUCAUCAAUGCUCGAUUUGUCAUCGAGUUUUUUCAUCUGGACAAGCCUUGGGCGGACACAAAAGAUGUCACUGGCUAACAUCAAGUUUGCCAGAGACUACAUUCAUACCAACUUUUCAAGAAAUCCAAUAUCACAACCAAGAACAACUAUUCAACAAGCCAAUGUUUACCAACUCUGAUCAACCACUAGACCUAAAUUUCCCAGCACAACUAGGCAAUGCUGCUGAAGUUGGGCAGCAAUGCAAUCCAUUUGAACAUGAAGGCCCAAGAAGCUAUCUCCAGCUAUGGACAGACCAAGAAGUUGAUACUAAUAAUCUAAAUCUGAGUCUAAAUCAGAAGUCCAAAGUUUCAACAGAAGAUUUGAGUAGGGAAGAAAAUUAUAAGGCUAAGGAAGCAAAGUUGAGUAACCUUAAAGAUGUGAAUUUGGAUGGAGGAUCUUCUUGGUUACAAGUUGGAAUUGGUCCAACCCCAGAUAUAGUAGCAACCCUCUAAGGUUAGCAUAAUAGUCAUUGUUUUGUAAGCCACAAAAUAGUUAAUAUAUUAUACACUCAGUCCCAAUUUAUAGACAAUUUUUUCCUGUGGGAUGUCCCAAAAUGUUUAAAAUAUUUAC